AUGCCAACGCAUUUGUAAGUAAUACCGUGCUCACAAAAACAAAUAAUUAGAAAACAUGUUCGGAAAAUACUCUGUCCUCGAAUAAAAUCCAAGAAACAGAAGGAAGUGUUAUGUCCAGAGAACGAACGUAAAGGAUCUUGCAAGCAAAUCGAAGAUGCGUGUUGUACUUCGAAACGCAUGCAAUCAGUGACAUGUCCGUUUAAACAAAUGGAGAAAAAAUGCAUUCAAGGAAAAACGUGUUCAGGAAGGGAACGUAAAACGUCAUCGAGGUGUUGUCCAAAAUACAAGAGCAAUCGAAUUCAAAAGUUGGAGUACGAAGUAUACCAAUUACGGAAAGAGAUCGAGUGCAUGAAAUACGAGCGAAAAGAGGCAGAGAAGGCAAUUCAGAAAGCCAUUCUUUCAGGCACCCGCAUUCUUGGCGGAAGAUUUAAAUCUACGGUCGAUCCAGGAUCGAUCGAAAAAUUUGUAAAUAUUUGCAACAGCAACGCGUCUUUUCAGUCUGCGUGCCCGGUGACUCUCUAUACAAAAGCUGUGUAUCAUCGACCAUUAAGAUAUGUCACAACAAAACUUGGAAGAAGGGGAAAGAAUUGGAUUAUUGCGAAAAUUGCGCCUAUUAGUUUCUCUAAAUUUCGUAUAGACUAA